AGAAUAAUCGGUUCGGGGAACUUUUAGCUGCACACAAGAGCUCCAACAGAUUGAAGUAUCUUGCAAGAGGAACGUGGUUUAUUGAUUACUCGGUUAUACUCUCUACUAAAUCUCAUCUAAUCUUUAAUCUUAUUUUCUUUUAUUUAUCACAAAUUAAUUGUUAUAUAUUCGUUUUAUAUUUAUUUAUUUAUUACAUCUUGCCUCAAUUUUUUUUACUCUAUAAAAGGAAUAAUUUUUUUGUCUGAUAUUUUUGGGUAUGUAGAUUAAUAAAUUUUAAGUAUUGAGAAUAAUCGGUUCGGGGAACUUUUAGCUGCAUACAAGAGCUCCAACAGAUUGAGGUAUCUUGCGAGAGGAACGUGAUUUAUUGAUUACUUGGUGCAGACGGGCCGUUAAUGCCAAAAUUCAGCGUGCUUCAAUCCACAAAUUCAUAGGCUACUCUAAUCAUUUUUUCUCUUAAUUUUAUAUUGUUAUCAUUUGAAUUUUAUUGUUUGUGAUUCAUAUUUACUGUUUUUUAUUUAAUUGAUUUGGUAUUUAAUUUUUUUUUUCUAUCAAUUUUCUCGUUUUAGACAUCCUUCAGACAUUUGACGUGGAUGUGAACCUUAAAGAACUGAACAAAUAUGAAUCGGACAAUCCGACAAUCCGACAUUAGGCAUGGCCACGUGAAAUUCUCCCAUAUCUACACAUUGCGCAAAGAAGAUACGGAUCCAAGAACGACCUUCUUCUGAAUUGAUAAAACGCAACCUCUUCAGCAUAGCGAUAGGAUUAGAAAAGGUAACAAUAUGGAGAGUGGGAAACGCUUUGUUUUUGUUCAUGGAGCUUGGUGCUGGUACAAGCUUGUGAACAUACUUAAACUUGUUGGUCACCAGGUCACUGCCUUGGACCUUGGUGCUUGUGGGGUUGAUAUGAAGCAGCUCGAUGAGAUUUCUUCUAUUUCGGAUCACGUGCACCCACAAAUGGAGUUCAUGGAUUCACUUCCUCGGGAUAAGAAAGUGGUUUUGGUUGGUCCCAGCUAUGGUGGCCUCUGUAUUUCACUAGCCAUGGAGAACUUCCCUAAGAAAAUUUCCGUUGCAAUUUUUGUCUCAGCUUAUAUGCCACAUCUCUACUCUUCACCAGGAACUCUCAUACAACAAGUAUUCAGAAGGACUUCAACAGAGUCAUUGAUGGAUUGCCAUUUUACAUUUGCUAAUGGCCUGGAAAACCCUCCAACUUCAGCGAUCUUUGGUCGAGAAUACCUGAAGGCUAAGCUGUACAAGCACUGUAAACCAGAGGAUCUUGAACUGGCCAAGAAGUUGAUAAGACCAACAGGGUUAUUCGUUGAAGACUUUGCUAAUGAUUCUCUUCUGACGGAAAUGAAAUUCGGGUCUGUGAAUAGGGUUUUUGCAGUUUGCAAGGAAGAUGAAGUGAUGGAGGAAUUUCAAGAAUUCAUGAUCAGGAAAAGUCCACCUAAAGAAGUGAAGGUGAUUAAGGAAUGUGGACACACGGUCAUGCUUUCAAAGCCUAAAGAGCUUUGCCUAUGCAUAAAGGAAAUUGCUCACAAGUAUGGUAAAUAGCUGAGAAGUAUACCAUAUAUGCAAAGACAUGCAGCUGAGAGAGAAGCUAUUUAGAGAUAGAAGCUGUCUCAGAGAGCCUACAAAUCAUUAGGGAUCCACAGUAUAAUUUAUAGUAGGGUUUACAUGUCAUUUAUCAUGAGAGACUCUAAAAGUGACUAAUAGAAUUCAAACUCGAGAUGAGGUGCAUUAAAAGUGGAAUCAUGAGCUCAUCCUUCGGGGGGCUUAACAGUAUUAUCGUAUCUCUUUCUUUAGUGUAAUUUUAGUACUGCCCAAGUAAUCUAUUCUUCCCCUUUUUUUAA